AUUUCCAAACUGAGAAUAUAUUUCAUUAUCCUUUGGACACAUUUCUCUGAAUCUUGUAUUUUAUCUGAAGUGUUAUUCUGGCUUUCAAUUGUACUGAGUGAAACAAAGACUCCUCCCUCUGCAGGAUGCCACAGAAGUCCAUCACUUAGCUCCUUUUAUCAGUCUAGACGUGCUUUACUAGCAAGCUCCUGCUCCUUCUGGCUGCUCUGUCACGGAGCUGAACUGAGAUGCCAGAGUCUCCUCUUAGUCCCACGGCGGCCCGUCGAACCCUCGCCAGCUCCCUGCUCAGCCACACAGACGCGGGAGCAGAGAGAGCGGCUGAUGGGGACUCCUGCAGGGGGUUGAGGGUUGAAAGCUGGCAAAGCCUCCUCCAAAAACAGGCCUUGUUGUCUGUGAUGGCUCCUCAGCAGAUGAAGCAGCUUCUGUCUCCAAACCAGCUGCAGGCUCUGAUCCUCCACAAGCAGCAAGCCCUCCUGCUCUACCAGCAACAUCUGAGGGAGCUUUACAAGAAAUACCAGGAACAGAAUGAACUUCUUCAGGAAGAGUCCUGCAAGAAAAUAAGAGAGGUGAGUUCUUUUUAUUUUAUUUUAUUUUAUUGUAUUUUAUUUUAUUACUAUUUUUUAUUUAGAGGGUUACCUUUUAUGGUUAUUUCAAUGAUGUUGUCCUUUUUAAAGUUUUCUUUUACAUUUUUUUGUACUUAUAAUUUUCGAACAGUCUUACAAUUCACACACUGUACCUCUCACACAUGAGGGAAUAGUUCAAUUUGAUGUCAUGACUUUACUUUUAGCGCAAAACUUCAGCUUCAUAGUUUUUCUUGAAAUUGUUCUAAAAAAAGUAACAAACUACUAGUAAAUCUUUGGACCGAUGUGGUUUCACAAUAAAAAGUAUAUGUUUUUGAAUCUUAUUCUGAUUAAUUUCCUUUUAUUAACACCCUUAAAAUGAAAUAGAUAAAUAAACUUGAUAAAAAUAAACUGAUAAAGUGCUUAAAAAGGAGAAGAAAAACUGUAUUAUUUCCCCCUGCCAAUCUUACUCUAUUUUUUACAUUAAUUUAAACAUUUGUCAGAUAAUUAUUAUUUACAUAAACACAAACUAAUUAAAGAAAAAAACCAGAAAACAUUAAUGUCCAAAAACAAUGUCACAAAGUUAUGAUUAUAUGGAUAUUGACACAUUUGGCUUCUGAGUUUCUAAUUGAUACGUUCCCAGAAUUUUCAGUUUGUAAUUUUUUUUAAAUUUGAGUAACGUUUUUAUCUAUUUUGAUACUUUUGUUCUGGUUAUUCCACAACCUCACCCACCAAACAGAAAUGCACAACAUUUUUUUGGUUGUCUUUACACAAGGCUGUUUGAAGUCCUUUUUCUUCUCCUUCUCUUUCCUGAAACAGUUUUUGGAUGUUUUGUGGAACUUUAUUCUCAUUUUGCAUCCCGACAUGUCACUCCUGAUCCUGCAGCUGCCUGCAGAUCAGCAGGUCUUCCAGCAGCUUCUUCAGCAGCAGCAGCAGCAGCUGCAGACUCAGAGGCUGGCCGCUCCAAACCCACCUGCAGGCUGCCUCAGUGCUGCAGAGAUGCAGCAGAUAUGGAGAGAUCUCACAUUUGGAAUAACUGAAGAGAAAAACACCACAAAGGAAAAUCAGGACUCUGCAGCUCAGACAAUGUCAGCAAAAGACUUGUGGAGACUGACUGGAGACCAGCCCCUGUCGUCAGGCGCGGCAGAACGCACCACUUCAGGUGAUGAAGCAGCUGCACUCUUCAUUAAUGGUGUGUGUAACUGGCCCGGCUGCGAGUCUGUCUGUGGAAACGUCAAUCAGUUCAUCAAGCACAUGAGCAGUGAGCACGCGCUGGACGACAGGAGCACAGCUCAGUGCAGAGUCCAGAUGCAGGUGGUUCAGCAGCUCCAGCUUCAGCUUUCCAAAGAACGGCUACGUCUCCAAGCGAUGAUGGCUCACCUUCAUCUGCCAUCUUUAAAAGCACAGUUCUCUGAAACGGCUGUGGAGCUUUGUGGACCACAGGAGUCCCCACAACCUCUGGGUCCUGUCGGCGCUCGAGCCAAGACGAGCAAAGAAGAAACGCAGACUCUCAGAGGAAGUGCCGGGGCCAUCAGACGUCCUCAUCACCCGCUGAUCUUCUCUUUGUCUUCAGAAAAUGAAUACGAGCUUUACGGGAGCGCAGACAUCAGGCCGCCGUUCACGUACGCAACUCUGAUUCGACAGGCUAUCAUGGAUUCAUCCGACAUGCAGUUAACCCUCAACGAGAUUUACAACUGGUUCACAAGGACAUUCGCCUACUUCAGAAGAAACGCUGCCACCUGGAAGAACGCGGUCCGCCACAACCUAAGCCUUCACAAGUGCUUCGUACGAGUGGAGAACACGAAGGGAGCCGUGUGGACGGUCGAUGAGGCGGAGUACCAGAAGAGGAGGCUGCAGAGGAUCACAGGAAGUGCAUCACUGAUGAAAACCGUCUCCUCCAAAUCAACCUUUGGGAAAGAUUUGCACCCCAGCUUACAGGCUUCGAUGGAACAGGCGUCGCUGCCCAGAUUCAGGAAGCUGAGUCUGAGCGGCACCUCGAAGCGCCACUUACAGGAGCAGAGAGCUGCACAUGACAGCAGCCUCAGGAAGCAAAACCAGCAGGAUUUAUUCAAUGAAGAAGAUGAGCUGAACGACCAAGAAUGUCUGUUGACGGUGGUAAAAUCCAUCAGCCAGCAGGACAGCGCAAAAGGAAACGAUGACAAGCAACUGUGACCUUGAAUGAUCCCUCUCAGCCAAUGUUCUGAAAAUCCAAGGAAACAAAGGAUUUUUCAGUCAAAUAUAUGUAACUGUGAAGGUUUUCUGAAUUGAUAUAAUAUUCCAAGAUUCAAAAAUGUAGUCAUUAAAAGCAGCGAAAACGUCUGGAGAAGUUUAAAAGAACAGGAAGGAAAUGUUACAUAGAUGCAGUGUCAUGUAAAUUAGAAAUAAUGACAUCAGUAAAAGAAUAAAUCUAAACAUUUCAAUACUUUGUGGAAAACUGCUAGUGUUGUAUAAAUGUCUGUUUUUUCUUAUGUUUUUUUUGUAAUAGACAUCAUUCAAACUUCAAAAUAAAAGUGUAAACCAACAGUAAACAUCAGAUUUUAGUCUCUGGUGGUAUUUAUGCCGUGUAUAUUUGAAAUUAUGUAAGCAUAUUUGAGAAAAUAAAUAAAAAAUAAAUAAAUAAAAUAAAAUAAAA